AAGGCUGAGGCCGACCGCGAGACCAUGAAGCAGGUGCUGGCCAGCGGCAAGAAGGGCGAGGAGCUCGCGGCCGUUGCGAAGGACAUCUUUGCCAAGAACGGACGCCCCAGCGGUGCCGUGGUGUUUGAGGCCGUGACGGAGGCCACCGAGGACGUGGCCAAGGCCAGCGCCAACUGGAUCGCCCUGCCCGCGUACGGCGAGCUGCUCAAGCUGGCCAUGGAGGACACGGACAAGAAGGAGCAGAUGCACGCGCUGUACGCGCUGCAGGUGUUCCUCAACAAGCACGACUUUCCCAAGGGUCUGAUCGAGAAGUGCUUUAUGGCGCUCUACAGCCUGGACAUCAUCGAGGAGACGGGCUUCUUCGAGUACAAGUACGACGUGGACGGCGACGUUCCUGGUCGCAUGAAGGCUAUUAUCCAGACCUCGAACUGGCUCACGUGGCUCGAGACGCCCGAGGAGGAGAGCGAGGAGGAGGACGAAGAAUAGAUUUCAUGUGCGUGUUUUUGAGAAGGGUACUUACGUUCAGGUGCGCAGGGAGGUGCUCGGCUCCUUAGCAUAGUUCGUUUUGGCUGGGCCCCCUGCUGCGUUCAUGUCAAGCUCGACAUGCAGGUCAUUAAGUUACAGCUUCGAAUGAAAAAAAUGUGCAUC